CUGAUCUGCAAAUCGGGGAAAAGAGAACCCUAUCUGCAAUCGCCUCUUUGCCUCCCCGUCUCGGCGGAAGCGCCCAUCGAUUCCUCUCUCCGGCGAACACGCGGGUGGGCGGGUCGGGUCUCCUCUCGCCGAAGCGCCACCUCGGCUCGGUGUGAAGUGAUCCGAUUCGCUCACAUGUCUGUCCAGGUAAUUCGGUGAUUCGGCAAGGGCUGUAUUUAUGCAGAAUGGUUCUCUGUCAAGGCUUAUCUGCUGGACACGCUCAGCUGCUUGCCUUUCCUGCGGCUAAGCAUAAUGUCUCUUUCGCGAGAACAUCGUGCCUGGGUACUCCGGCGGGAUCAUGGAGUGUAAAACGUGCGCGACUUCAUGCCGAAAGGAAGAGUUUUUCCAUGGGAGCUUUGCGAGUUGGCACUGGUUUUGUUCAGAAUGACAUGCUUGCAUCGUUCGGAAGGGAUGAUUCUAUCAAGGGCAUUCCAUCACUGGCAGCACGACACAGUCAGCAUCGAAGACUUGAAGUUGGCUGUCGAGCAUCCUCUUUAGCGUCAUUCAGCUACCCUGAGUUGACUUCGAAACCCAGAUGGUGGUGGAGGACUGUAGCAUGUGUGCCCUACUUGCUUCCACUCCACAACAUGUGGUCAUAUGCCGAUGUCAUCUACCAGCUACACACAUACUUGCAGGGGUUUUCGUUGGUGUACACCUUCAUCGAUACAAUGACACUGUUUCCAGGAUGGCUUUUGCUGGUGAUUUUUAUGACAGUGUACUUCUUUGUCGUGAGACGGAAGUGGUCGCCGCACUUUCUAAGGUUCCAUGUCAUCUUGGCUAUCCUCCUGGACACUGGCUCCCAAGCAGUGGCAACAAUGUGCACCUGGAUGCCCAGCAUCGUGUAUCAGGGGACGCCUAUGCAGUAUUUCUGGAUGGCUAUUGCUUUCAUACAGAUCUUCACAGUGCUCGAGUGCAUGCGAUGCGCUCUUGCUGGGAUGUACCCGAAUGUCCCUUUCAUAUCUCACACGGCAUUUAUCCAUUCUGAUCUGAAUCUGUUCAGGUAGCCAACUGCCCACCAUAUCAGUAUCAGAAGACUGAAGGGAAGAAGAGCAAGUAGGGUAGUAGUUUAUUUUGUCAUAGCUGCUUACAGUUAUAUAGACUGUAUUUAAUUUAUUUAUAUUUUCUAAGCCUCCUGUAAUUGCUAUAAACAUCACCUUUUGCUGUUGCAACAAAAUUUGAACAGCAAUAAGAUUAGAUAUCUCGGAUAUGUUGAAUUCUUCCUGUAUUUUAGUUUUC